ACAGAAGCAUUAUCGAUGGCCUGCCUACUGUACGUUCCAUGAGGGUAAAUUUAAAAGACAGGUUUCUCACCACUAGCAAAACAUGGCAGAAUCAGCUGACAACUUGGAAGCAAUACUGUGCAGAAAUGGCACAGAGACACCUGAGCCUGUAAAAGCGGAAGUGUCAGGCACAAUACCACCCUGGCUUCAAGGGACACUUCUACGCAAUGGACCUGGUCUCUUUACAAUUGGAAAUUCAUCCUACGACCACUGGUUUGAUGGAAUGGCCCUCAUUCACAGUUUUACAUUUAAAGAUGGUGAGGUGUACUACAGAAGCAAAUUCCUCAAGAGUGAUACUUACAAGAAAAACAUUACUGCCAACAGGAUUGUGGUGACAGAAUUUGGGACCUUAUCGGUUCCCGAUCCCUGCAAGAAUAUAUUCUCAAAGGCCUUUACUUACCUGCUUAAAGUCAUUCCAAACUUCACAGACAACAACCUUAUAAACAUUAUAAGAUACGGAGACGAUUACUAUGCAUCAUCAGAAAUACAAUACAUCAACCAAAUUAACCCACUGACUCUUGAUACUACAGGAAGAGUCAAUUACAGGAACCAUAUUGCUUUGAACUUGGCUACAUCGCACCCUCACUAUGAUGAUGAGGGGAACACCUAUAACAUGGGGACUGCUAUCAUCGGAUUAGGCAAACCCAAAUAUGUCAUUUUUAAGGUGCCAGCUCAUGCAACAGAUUUAAAGGACAAGAAAAAUUUGAAGAAUCCUGCACUGAAGAAUCUGCAGCAGAUCUGUUCCAUUCCAUUCCGUUCCACUCUAUUUCCCAGCUACUUUCACAGCUUUGGGAUGACGGAAAACUACAUCAUUUUUGUUGAGCAGCCGUUCAAGCUGGACAUUGUCAGGCUGGCCACAGCACAAAUUAGAGGAGUCACCUGGGGCAGGUGCCUUAAAUUUGACCAAGAUGACAAUACGCUGUUCCAUGUUAUCAACAAAAAGACAGGAAAGGCUCUGAGCACCAAGUUCUAUGGGAAUGCAUUUGUUGUUUUUCACCACAUCAAUGCUUAUGAGGAAGACGGUCAUGUAGUGUUUGACCUGAUCACAUACAAAGACAACAGUCUAUAUGACAUGUUCUACAUAAAGAACAUGAGGGAAAACAGAACAUCGAAUAAGAGCAGUAAGGACAUCUCUCCACCAAUAUGUCAGCGGUUUGUCCUACCUAUCAAUGCUGACUUUAAGGGAAAUUCAUUAGGAAGCAACCUUGUGACACUAGAGAACACAUCAUCUACAGCUGCACUUCAGAAGGAUGGCUCUGUGUACUGCACACCAGAAACAUUGUUUCAAGGUUUAGAGUUACCUGAAAUCAACUACAAAUACAAUGGAAAGAAAUACAGAUAUUUCUAUGGCUCACGGGUGGAAUGGUUACCACAAUCAAAUAAGAUUGCAAAAGUGGACACAGCCACAAAGACACACAUAGAAUGGACAGAGGAAGAUUGCUUCCCAUCAGAACCAAAGUUUGUAGCAUCACCGGGUGCGGUAGAUGAAGAUGAUGGUGUUGUUCUGUCAUCUGUUGUCUCAGUCAAUCCUCAGAAGCCACCCUUCAUGUUGGUUUUGGAUGCAAAGGACUUCACAGAGAUAGCUCGUGCCACCAUUAAUUUCCCUGUUCAUCUGGAUCUGCAUGGGCUUUUUAUUCCCCAGUCUUCCUAACUUAAACAGCCAGAACCAUGCAUCAUUUAUGUCAACAAACAUUUUGGAAAGACAAGCAAAUUUCUGAGCCAUGGUGAAAAUAUUUUGGAGAUUUUAUUUUUUACUGUACUACAAAGCAAAUUGCUACUUUCACACCUUCAUAACCCAACAAGAUUAAAGGAAAAAUGGAUGCUGCCAAGUAAACACAAAUUCUUGAAAAGCCUUCUGAAAGACAGCUGAAAAUGGUCAGGUGGUUUAUCUUUCAGCGAGACAAUCAUCCCAAACCCAUUGUCAAAAAACUAUGCAUUUGUUUAAGAAUAUAAAGCUGAAUGCCCUGACCUACUUAUUCUAAAGAAUCAAUGGAUGUACUUGACCAGAGCAAUUCAGUAAAAAGAAAUAGGCAAAAUGUAGCUGUGCUGCUAGAGACAUAUCCAUUCCCCUUUGACUACUGUGUGUGUGUGUUGGCCUUCAGACUGAUGCAGAGUAUGCAUUUUAAUACAUUUUACGUAUAAAAUACAGACAGAAAACUGAUUAAAAUACUGGUUUUAACAAUAAGCAACACAGUGUUUUAUUUAGCCAACAGUUCCAGCAAGUUCCCAUUGCUGACUUUAUACAACAGACUCGUAUACAACAGACAGAGAGUGUUGCCAAUGCUUUGUCUUAUCCAUUUGUGAUGCUGUGUUUAGAUAAUCUUCAAAAUAUAAUUUAAUCUGAUUACAAAGCCUUCAGUGAAGACAUCAAAUCUUAUAGCUCACUAUGUGAAAAAUAAUUAGCCUGUAUGAAACAAUAAAUAAUGAUUUUGGUUCAUCAAGCAUCAUUAAAAUGCCACAACAUCUGUGUAUUAUUGCUGACCAUGUGCAUACCCUUAUUUCCACAAUUUACCCAUCUAAUAAUGGCUACUUUUAUCAUAAUGUGCCAUGUCAUGAAGCACAAGCCUGUUAUAUUUUUCUUUCUGAAUAUUUGAGUAAAAUGAGAAACCAUACAAAGAUUUUCAUCCAGCGUAGUGUAUAAUAUUGUACUUGGUUAUAUCUCAAAUGUUGUAUGUUGUAAUUAUUCUAAUGUAUGUACUGUGUACUGAAGAAGAAGUGGACACGAUUUGUAACAAUUAUUUUUGGCUACAGAUGCUCUUCCUGUUUGGGGCAGUACUGCCUAGUUAAAUGUAUUAAGAUAUUACAUCAAUCAAGUGUUUGUAUGUUAUUAAAAUGCUAUUUAAAUUAA